GGCGCGAGGCGGGCGCUGACGGCCGUUCGCCACCCCCCCGCCCCGCUGAGGAGAGCGGCGCAGCGCCCGUUCCUUCGCGGCCGGCAUGUUUGUUCCUUGCGACCGUGGAGGCGGCGGCUCCGCCGGCUCCGACUUUAAAGGCUUCACUCUGCUCAUGCCAGCAGUGUCGGUGGGAAAUGUUGGUCAACUGGCAAUAGAUCUAGUGAUUUCCACGCUUGACAUGACUAAAGUUGGUUACUUUUACACUGAUUGCCUGGUGCCAAUGGUUGGAAAUAAUCCAUAUGCAACAGCAGAAGAAAAUUCAAUGGAGCUGAGUAUAAAUGCUGAAGUGUAUUCGUUACCUUCAAAGAAACUUGUAGUUCUGCAGAUCAGAUCACCUUUUAUAAAGAACAAGUACAGGCCAUUCUGUCAAACACUGCUUUCUUGGGUGAAAAGCAGCAAAUGUGCCAGAAUUGUUCUUCUGUCUAGCAGCCAUGCAUACCAGCGCGAUGAUGAGCAACUGCUUGGGACACCACUACGCUACCUACUUACACCUGAUCUUGAGAAAGCAGUUGGAGGCCUUAUGCAGGAGCUAAGCUGGAAAGAAAUGGAAAAAGUGGCAGCUUACCCUGGAAUAAAUGAUACAGAAAAAGUUCUACAUAUUCCUGGAGGUGGCAUCACAAAACUGUUAUUUACUGAGAGCUGUUCAAAAGGAAUCCAAAUGGCAGUUCUUCUGAAAUUCUGCUCAGAAGGGGACAACAUCCCUGAUGCAUUUGCUCUUGUUAGCUAUCUUAAUGAAUGGCUCCAGCUAAUUAAAAGUGAAAGCAACAAUUCCACAGAUAGUUCUUCACAAUGGAAAAUACCAAGUUCUUGGCGCUUACUUUUUGGCAACGGUCUUCCACCUGCACUCUUCUGAUCAGUUUUGAAUUCUUCUGUAAGUCACACGUGCAGUCUGAAACAUCCCUUGAGAAGGUGAUUACAUAGUCAUUGCCAAGCAACAGCAGCUUAAUUUGUUGUGUACAUAAAUUCUUUAUUUAAGAAAAAUUUCUUUCACAGAUGUGGGUAGCUAAAGAAAUUAAGGUAACUUUCACAAAUUGACCAAAGAAAUAUGUUUUGUACAGUUGUUUAGUGAAUAACUUUGGUUGAAAUUUUUUCUAAUAAAAUAUUUUUUAAAAAACCUUUUUCUUUGGUUAAGUGUUAUUGCUAAGGAAAAGCCUAUGGCGCACCUUCUUGAUGUAGCUG